CCCGGAUGUACUGGAAAGAGAAGGAACGUUUGUCAUAGAACCAGCUCUUCUGUCUCUGUCUCUUUUUGGUAGACACAUAGAACUUUUGAACUCCGUCCAAUUCUUCUUCAAAAGGCUGCACCGAGUGUUUUGCACUGGAAACUAGCAUUUGCAACUGCAGAAACUCUUGGAAGAGAAGAAAUAAAGCUUCUGGCAAAGGAAGCAUUGACUCUUGAAUGCUUGUACCCUGGAAAUCCUGUUGGUUUUUAAGAUGUAACUGAACUUGGAGCUCACUUUUCCACAGAGGACCAACCCGGCUUCCUACCUGAAAGAAUAAAGCUUCAUGGAACGCUUCAUGCUGAUGGAAGAUUGAACCCACAAUACAUCCACGAUCAAAGCUUAUUUGUUUCACAGGCCGAGAAAAUGCUUUGGAAGAUUUAACCCCUUGGCAUUUUUAAAAAGUGGAUGGAGAAGAGAACAAAGCUACUACAAAUGAGAUGGAAAUCACAAUGUUGGUCUCCCCCUAUUUUUUGAAAGAUUCAAAGCCGGGAACCCCGGGAAAGACAGCAUCCCCCAGAGAUUCUCAGUCAGCCUCUUUAUAAGUCAGAUUCGGAAGAAGAAACCCCCUGUACCGAAAGAGAAGCAUCAGCAUCCAUCAAAGAGCCUGCCAUGAUGAAGGCAGAAACAGAACGGCAGGACUAAGAGUGAAUAAUUUUAGAGAAACUCAAACCAUGAAGCAAGCUCUUCCUGAUGCAGCAGAGUCAACGCUGCAUCAUUGGAGAGUGAAGCAGUUCCUGGAAAAACUGGAUAAACAGCCGGAUAACAAGGUUUUGGACCUAAACAACUGUGCAUUGAAGGCAGCCGAUAUAGAAGAGCUGAUUGCCAUUACACCUCUGUUGCCAGACCUGGAGGAGAUCGAUCUUUCCUGGAACCAUUCCAUAGGAGGGGCUCUUGAAUCUCUUACUCUUCAGUUCAGCCACACACAAAGGCUAAAAGUCCUCCGACUGAAUAAUUGUGGACUCACAGCCAAGGAUAUAACUUUUUUAGGAGAAGCCCUUGAAGUAAUUCCCUACCUAGAGAUACUGGAUUUAUCAUGGAAUAAUAAUAUUGGUGGCAGCCUUUCCAUUCUAACCCCAAAAAUUCCCAAAAGUUGUAAUCUCAAAAUACUGAAAGUGACAGAUUGCAGUCUAACGACAGAAGAUGGAAAAUCUCUAGCUCAGCUUCUACACAGGAUCCAGAGCCUUGAAGAACUGGAUUUGUCCAUUAACAAAAACAUAGGACGUAGUCUGAAAAAUAUCACUCAGGAGCUGAAAUAUGUCCCAGGCCUGAAGGGACUAAAUCUGCACAUGUGUGGAUUGAAACAAGAUGGAUUCCAGUGCUUGGGUGAUGCUUUUCAGUACUUGCUGGAACUAAAAAAAUUAGAUGUGUCGUGCAAUAAAGAAAUUGGAGGAAGCUUGCAGAACUCAGCUGCUCCUUUGGCCAGCCUGAGGGAACUUGAAGUCCUGGAUCUUCAUCAGUGCCGGAUUAUGGAGGAGGACAUGGCAGCUUUAACUCAAAUAAUACCACUUUUGUCAAGCCUUCAAAAGCUGGAUCUAUCAUCAAAUAAAAGCGUUGGGAUAUCUUCUGAUAACCUUCUUAGCAGACUCCGAUUUUUACCGAAAUUGAAAUCUGUGCUCCUGAGCAACUGCGGUCUACAGCAGAAAUCAUUUGCAUCUUUAGCCGAGGCUGCCCUUCACCUUCCUGAACUGAAGAUAUUAGACCUUUCUUGGAAUAAAUGCGUUGGUGGGAACCUAAAGCUGCUUUUGAAAGCGCUAAACCUUGAAGCUGAGCUCCAAGAGCUAAGACUGAGCAGCUGCAGCUUGGUGGAUAAAGAUCUGGCUUGUCUUGCCCUGGUUAUCCAAGAUGGCCCUCUGGCUAAAUUAAAGAAGCUGGACCUGAGCUACAACCACCAUAUCUCUGACCAGGGAUGGGCAACGUUCUAUCAAGGCAUAGUUGCGUUUGAGCAGCUUUCGGAACUGGAUGUCAGUCUUCGGCCGACAUCACACUGCGACUGCGGGGAAUGGUUUGGCAAGCUGUUGGCUGCCUUGCCAAAAUUGCCCGAACUCUCCGAGCUAGACCUGCAUGGCUGGGUCCUCUCCAGAAGUCAGCAAAAACAGCUGGAAAGUUUCAAAUGGGACAACGAACGGAAUUUUCACUUUGACUCUUAGCUUCAACUUGUCGAACUAGUGUUAUGGUUGGCAGCAAGCAGAUGUGUGGUUCCUCUUUGCUGCUGAGCUUUACCUGGUGCAGUACAGUGGGAAGGAGAAGGAAUCAACAGCAACAGCCAGGGAGGUUUGCACAGAGAGGGGAUUCUAAAAACUGUCCACUAAAACACAAAUCCCGCUUAGCCAUUGGCCUGGCUGCUGUGCUCUCACGACAGGCGCUGCCUUGCUGACAUCAUUACAAAGCUUAUUCUUCACACAGCAGAAAAAAAUGCAUGUUUUUUUUGAUCUAUCGAAAUGAAUUUUUUGUAAACUGCUUUUUGUUUUCCACUUUUGUGCAUUUAUUCCCUUAGCUCUUUUCCUCGCACGCAAUUCUGAACAUCGUUUGAGGCUCCAGACGGAUGCAUUAUUUCUUUUUCCCCUUUUCUUUCCCCUUUUCUUUCCCCUUUCCUUUGUCUUUCCCUUUCCCCUUUUCCUUGCCUUUCUUCUCUUUCUUUUCUUUUUUGACUUUCUUCAUCAGUCUCAAGAGCUCGGCAAAAACGCCAAUCCCUCUGCGCACCAUCGUGCCCCGCCACCAAGACUGGACCUGGAAAUGUCAAAUCAAGGUUAAAGUUGUCAAAAACAGAGGCUGGGGUUUCCUUCCCCCUCCCCACCAAUCAAAUACUUGGGGAGCAAUGGAUUUGAGAUCCUACUAUCUUCCUAAGGUCACGGAAGGCAUUGAAUACAUGAAGUCGUUUUAGACAGACUAUUGGGCCCAUCUAGUUCUGUAUAGGUUUCUCUGGCCACCA